AUGAAUGUCAGAAUAAAGGAGACUGUUCUGGUGGGGGUAGGGGUAAGGCAGGAGCGAAGGGGAGAAUCCCAGUGGGUCUGGACCCAGCAGGGAGGAAAGGCCAGCAGAUCAGGGGUCUGUUUGGUGACUGACCAUGGAAUCUUCCCUGGGAAGGUUUGCAGUGGUCAAGUGGUCCCCAUGGAUGAUAUGUCAUUAUGGAGUGUCCAGAGGCAAGAGACGGUCUUAUUGAGUUCACCAACUCAUUUAGACCAACUGGAAACCGAGUUGUGGUUCUACGGAACCCGGUGGUAUAGGAUGAGUUGCACGAGUGGGGAGACUGUGUCUGCCUUCUUUACAUCCCUCUCUACAGAGUCAGCACAGUGA